CCCGACCAACUAAGUUUCUAAUCCAGUGAAAACCGCCAUGGUCCUUCGGAUCUCUCUCUCUCUUCGGAGACAACGACAGCGGUGGCCGUGGCACUUAAUCUGCUAAAAAUGCAUGUGCUUCUCUCUCUAAGGUGGUGCUUAGAGAGAAAAUAAACCAAGCCCUAUCUCUCUCUAAAACGCUCUCUUCUCACUUUUCACAUCCCCAUAUUCAAACGCAUGUGCUUCUUACGCCCAAAUAUUCAAACACAUUGAACGCGUCGCACGUACAUCAAUGAAAAUUAAUAAAGCAGGAGUCGGUCGAGAUGCUGCUCGGACCGUCACGGAUAACGGUUACAGGUCAGCCCUAACACAGUCACCCUCACUCUAUAAAACCCCCCUCCCCCAACUAUUCUCACUCAUCAUUCAUCUGACCUUUUUACUUUGCUUUGUUCCAUCAAUGGCUUUGCGCUACUUCUUACUCCCUUUCUUCUUUCUCUCUCUUGCAACUGCUCAGCUGAGCUUCAACUUUUACAGAUCCACAUGCCCAAAUGCGGAAUUCAUAAUAAAGACUCUUGUCUUCAACAAGUUUAACAAGGACCCCUCCAUCACAGCUGCGCUACUUCGUAUGCAUUUCCAUGAUUGCUUUGUUAGAGGCUGCGAUGCCUCCAUCCUAAUUAACUCAACCUCGAAUAAUCAAGCUGAGAAGGAUGCUGGUCCGAACGAGACAGUGCGAGGGUACGAGUUCAUCGACGAGAUCAAAACCCAGCUCGAGAAGAAGUGUCCCAAUACCGUGUCAUGUGCCGACAUAAUCACUGCAGCUACCCGGGAUGCAGUCGCCCUCUCUGGAGGGCCCUCUUACCCCAUACCCACAGGCAGAAGGGACGGCCUCAUCUCAAAUGCUAAUGAUGUUAACCUUCCGGGUCCCUCCCUCUCGGUGUCCCAAGCCUUCUCUUUCUUCAGAGCCAAAGGCUUCACUCUCAAAGAAAUGGUCACUCUUUUGGGUGCACACACAGUUGGUGUGGCUCAUUGUGGUUUCUUUCGCGGCCGACUCUUUAAUUUUCAGGGAACUGGAAAACCAGACCCCUCAAUGGACACAGCCUUAGUUUCUAAGCUCCAAAAGCUAUGUGGUAGCAGCAGUUUGCCCACUGUAAGGGAUCCAACUGCUUUUCUUGAUCAGAACACAAGUUUCAGGGUAGACAAUGAGUUUUACAACCAGGUUUUGAAGAAGAGGGGGAUUUUACAGAUAGACCAAGCGCUUGGAAAUGAUAGAUCUUCAGUGGGGUUUGUUAGGCAAUUUUCUUCUGAUGGAAAUGGGUUUUUGAAGACUUUUGUAGAUGCAAUGGUGAAGAUGGGGAAAUUGGAGGUUUUGGUGGGGAAUGCAGGAGAGAUAAGGAAGAAGUGUGGGGUUUUCAAUUCACCUGGCUUUGCUUCAAUGUAGAAACGUGGGGAAUCUAAAGUCAAAGAGAGAGAAAGUGGCUUCAACUUUGUUACUGCUUAAUAGUAAGCGUAUGUUAAUGGUUUUUUAUUGUGCGUCUGUUUGCGUUCCUUCACUGUGUGGAAUAGUUUAAAGGUGGUGAGUGGUAGUGGGAACCCUCUGACCACUUUUGGCCCAAGUGGGCUUUCAUCUGAAUAUUGUACUAACUCUUUAUUUUUGGAAUAAAAAAAAGAUCAAACUAGGUAGGGACCAA